AUGUCGCGCAGACGGCGUCCAACCGCAUACGAAGUUUCUUUUGGAGAAGAAGAUCCACAGCAAUCUAUUCCUGCUGAGGAUCUAUCUAGCAGGCUCGCCUCAAGCUCCAUCGCGACGGGCGAGAGACAUGCGCGCAGUUUUAGUUCACUCGGACGCAGCGGGCUGAAGAGAAAGGAAUAUGAAUUAAGUUCAUUGUCAGGAAAGGCUCCGAAGCGGUCUAGACUGGACGUCCGAACUGCCCCAAAAAUACGCUAUCAAAAAGAUCCCAAUGACAUUGUGGAAUGUAAAGACAUGAUCAUUAGGGGAGAAACUUCAGACAAUCGAGCUCUGGAUUCUGAGGACGUACCUGUGCGGAUGCUCUCAGACUUUUGUAUCUUUGAUUCCCGUGACUACCAGCUCCUGUCCCUAAACCUAUUGGAUGAUGAGGGUAGCACACACAAGUUAGCUGCUGCUGGAUGUGUGGAACCUGUGUUUGCGGAUGAAGAAGAUGCGGGACAGGAAGAUGACCUUCAAGUUCCUUCCCUGCGACUUCGAACAACUGAAAUUUUCAGAUUUGCCAUUGAUUACGCGAAGAUGGACGAUAGUCCUGUCUAUAUACAGACUCAGUACGGGUGGUAUAUUCUUAAGGCGCCAUCCUCUCCCUAUCGGCUUCAAUUUGAGAAUUUCUACCGGCCUCACAGAGUUACGCAAGUUUUCAUUUCUGCCGCAAGGGAGAAUCCGGAAUGGACAGCCGAGAACUUUUAUUCUACUUAUGAUGGAAUGUGGGAUCGUUUCUUACAGUGCCGACUCCGUAAGCGAGAUUUUGAGGCCACCAUGCCGUUCAUCCGAAACAUCCUCAAAGAUCUGUAUGAAUUAGAUGUUUCUGUCGCUCCCACUACGCUGGUUGAAUGGGUUCGUAACUCUCGGACACCGUCAUUGCUUCCCAGCCGGACACCUGGACCGCAUGCCCCUUGCAACCUCCGGCACCCAACAUUGGCGCGCUAUAGUCCAUCAAAAAAUCUUGAUCUUGCAGUUCUACGAACUGAGAAUCAGAUUCGAACUCAUGUGACACCACUUAUAGAUCGGCUCGCAUUAGGGCUGUUUCAAGAGCAUUUACAAGUGGUAGGUGCAAAAGAGCCUAACUCUCGCAAUAUGCAGCAAAUUGAGAAACAAGAUCGGAUUUGGCUUCUGAGGCUUGUUGGCAAAUGGCUAGAUGCCCUGUCCGGAAAUCGAAAUCCUCGAAUUCAAUUUCCCCCGAACGAGCAGCUCCGCGAUGAGUUCUGGAGGUCUGUAGUUAUUGAUGGUUGUACGUAUGCUGUUGGAGACGUCGUGUUAAUUCCCGCAGGUAAUGACCCCGAGAGACGUCGUGAGGCUCCUACCCCACCAACAAAUUUGAGGGAUAUCAGCGAUACUGCGACGGUCUCCGACUACUUCUGGUUCGGGAAGAUAAUCUUCAUCGACCAGAGGCGCAAAAAGGUUCACUGUCAGUGGAUGGAACAUGCUUCGAAGACCAUGCUUGAGGAGAUUGGUGAUCCCCAGGAGUUAUUCCUGUGUGGGACUUGCACAAAGCCCAACGUCGACCUUCACGAUAUCCUCGAUAAAGCCACUGUCUGUUGGAACUCGCGGAGAAAUAACAAUCUUGCUCCAUCGGAGUUCUAUUGUAGCUUCUUUUAUGAUGAGCCCAACGCUCUGUAUAGGGACCUCGAUGAUCCAAAUUCGAUCGCUGCGUUAGCCUCCGAACCUCCUGAGAACUGUCCUGUUUGCCUCCUCAGUGAACAACGGGAGCAUGAGCGCGUAGGCCAGCUCAUUGAAGACGGCGUUGCUUAUGGCGGCUUGAAUUAUCAUGUUCACGACUUUGCCCUUCUUCGUGCUGAGAAUGAUGUAGAUUCUGCGGACAUCGUUCAAAUCUUGGAUGUUCGGUUCAGUACACGCGCCAGAUCCGCCCACUUGGCUGUUAUGUCUGUAAGAAUGCUUGGUCGGAUCGGUGAUAUCAUGCACAUCUGUCCUCAUGGUAUUAUCAAAGACGAGCAACACCUAUUUCUGACAGAUGAAGAGAUACAUGAUGUACCUGUGACACGGCUCGUCAAUCGAUGCUAUGUCCUUCAUCCAGAUAGUGCCCGCUCACCAGGAAUUGACGAAUGGCUCUCUCUCUCUCCAUCGCACAUGUACGCCCGUUUUCAUUUUCCGACACGGACACCGAGCAACUGGUCGGAGCGAAAGAGGCUCAAGUAUUGGGACGUUUUCAUCUGUCCUAAAUGCAUCAAGGAUGACAAUGAACAAGUCGCCAAUUUAAGACAGUUCCUUAGUCCAUCCAACCAACUCAAAGCGUUUGAUCCAUUUGGUGGAGUAGGGGCAUUUGGUUUAGGUAUGGAGGAAUCGGGCUGUGUCAAGAUGGUUCAUGCGGUGGAAAUCUCACCAAGCGCGGCGAGAACACUGCAGAAUAAUAGCCCUAAUUACGCAAUUAAGACGCACGCCGGGCAUCAAGUUGAAGCGCCAGAGACUAUUUCAAGACGAGGACAACUUCCUGAUCCGCCCAAACCUGGUCAAAUUGACUGCAUUGUCGCUGGUUUUCCUUGCCAGCCGCAUUCGCGCCUGAAUAUGUUUCAACGAGCAAAUGACCGGAAGAGUCAUUUGAUACUCAAUCUACUGUCCUGGAUCGACUUCUUGCGCCCUAAAUACUGCUUUCUGGAGAACGUCCGUGGUUUUUUAAGUUAUAGUUUGAAUGCUACGCAAGCCGGUCGUUACCGAGUAGAAGGUGGUAUAGCUAUGGGCGGCCUCAAGUUUGUGAUUCAUGCCCUUUUAGCGAUGAAUUACCAGGUCAGGAUGGGCCUUCUACAGGCAGCCCACUAUGGGACUCCCCAAACUCGUGUGCGCUUUUUCCUCAUCGCCGCUCGUCACUCGUACCUGCUUCCAUCUAUGCCUCAACCCACGCACAGUUUUCCUGUGAAGGAUGCUCUCGCUCUAAAACUUACCAACGGUGGUAUGGCCUUACCAGUCCUUACUGGGAGUGGGUUAGCGCCUUUCAAAUACAUUUCUAUCGAUGAUGCUAUCUCGGAUCUGCCCCGAGAAAUCCCGAAAGCAUUUCUCGCGGCAGGCAUCGGCGGCGUGGUUCGGAUCUAUCUGAACAGUCCGAUAGUGGUGAUGAACCAGAGCUUAUAUAAGAAGUGCCGGGAGAAGGGAACGAGAGACCUGCAACAUUUCACAAGAGUAUUGCCAGAUAAAGUCAUACAAAGGGUUGUUGAAAUCCCUUUGGAGGCUAGGGCGGAUUACACAAGGCUGAGAGAGGAGCUAUGGGAGUGGCAGUUCUCAAAUCCCACGUCAGCGGUGGCAAGAGAUGGUUUUCGUGCAGGCUUGUAUGGUCGUUUGGACAAGAACGAGUGGUUCCAGACGACAGUCACUAACGUAGAGCCAACUGCGAAGCAAUCAAGGGUCUUAAAUCCUUACUGCAAACGCGUUGUCACGGUCCGCGAACUUGCACGAUCUCAGGGAUUUCCCGAUCAUUUUGUUUUCUAUGCGGAAAAUAGCGAUGUCAAGACGAUGCAUCGUCAGAUUGGAAAUGCAGUACCUUGGCCAGUUGGAGCGGCUUUGGGGCGUGAAUUAAGAGAUGCUGCAUUGACGAAAUGGCUUACAGACAGACAAGAAGCAACAGUGAUUGACUAA